AUGUCAACAAAAAGAUCUUUUACAAGCCUACUACCAGAUCUUGUGUCUUUUCAAAAAAUUGGGUCUGCUCAAGGAUCUCCUAGGAAUGCAUAUCCAUAAGACUAGCAAUAAUUAAGCAAAACAAAAGUAUAGCAAAAGGAUUCUAUCUUAAGAUAUGGAUAAGUGAUUGAAAUAUGUGGCAUCAACUAAAAUCAUAAGGGCCUAUUAUAUAGUAAAGGAUGGACAGAUAGAAAUAUAUGCUUUGUAGAAUCGAAGAAUUUGAGUGAUGUUUCGAAUAAAAGAGAGUGUUUUUUUAGGAUUCUUCCUAAAGGAACAUUUUAUAUUCAUGACGAAUAUUCAAAAUCAAACGAGUAAGAUAAACUUUUAUUAGAAAGUAGACUUGCUAGGGAAUUGAAAAAUUAUGAAAAUUUAGUUAUUCAAAUGAAUGGAACCGUUGUACAUUUUGGCAGUGAAGUUAUUCUUUAGCAUUUGGAUUCUGGUGAAUACUUAUAUGGUACUUAAAAGUGUCCUGAUGUACCUUCUGAUUCCUUUAAGCUCAAAAUAAAAUCAUAGUUAAAGAGCAUGAACUUAUUUAAAAUAAUUCCAACUAAUUUUUAUGAUAUUGAAGGGGAUGAAGUUAGUUUAGGAUAAGAAAUCUACCUGAUGCAUGUUAAAACAGGAUAUUGUGUGGAUGUCUUUAGGAAAAAAUAAAUUAUUUAUGAUGAGCAAUAGUAUUAGGCAUUUUAAAGCAUAGAAGAAUUUAUUCAAUUGAAAAGACCAACUAAAGGUGAUAAACGAUUUAGAGGUAUAUUAACAAAUAGUAGAGACACUAUUUGGUCUUUUAAUUUAGUAUUUAAUCACACAUAUAAAGAUGAUGAUAAUAUUUAUAACUUUGACUUAGUUUAAAUAAUACACAAUAAUAAAAAUAGCAUUUUAUCUAAAAGCAAUUUAGGCAAUAAAUUAAUAUUAAAGGAAUAGGAGUAAUCGUCUAUAAUACCUAUUUAUGACUCGAUAUUUGAAAUUAGCAAAAUUCAAAAUAAAUAAAAUAAAUUUUAUUUAAGGCACUUUAUUUCAGGAGAAUUAAUCACAAUUAAUAAUAAGGACAAUCCGAAUGCCACUUCCUAAAAUACAAUAUAAAAUAAAAAAACUAAAUAAAUUAGUACUGAAUAGAAUCAAAUUUAAGAAGUAAAGAAUGAAAAUGAUAUAGUUAUUAAAAAUAAAAAUUAAUCAAUGUAAUCAUCAUAGAAUACAGCAAGAGAUAAGAGUAAGCAAAUUAAUGAAUAUUAUCAUGAUUAAGAAGAGAAGAAAUUUGCUAAAUUGGAUUAAAAUUUACCAGUUAACGAUUAGUUUUAAAUUAAUAUAAAUGACAAAAAAAUUUUUUCUGGUUUUAGUUCGUUAUAAAGAAAUAAUGAAUUGUAUAAAGAUAGUUAAUAAUAGCUAAAAAAAUCAAAUUUAACAGGAGCAAGUGAUUCAGACUCCAAAAACAAUAAAUUAAAAAGGGAAAAAAUAUUUAAAUAAGUUGUUAGUGGAGACUCAAGUCCAGCAUAGAGCUAAACUAAUUUAGAUGAAACAGAAUUAAAAUAAAUUGAAAUAAAUUAAGAACGAAUAUCAGAAUAAGCUUCAUUAGAAUAAAGUCAAAGCUUUUAAGAUUGCAAAUUUUAGUCUUAAAGACUAAGUUUAGAUGUGAACACUUAAAUUUUAAGCAAUUAGUUAUAAGCAGUUAAUCCUUUUAGAAGAAAAAGCUAAUUAAAUCUUUUAGAAAUAACUAAAAAUAUCAACAAAAAUUCUCUUUAUGAAUCUUAAAAGUAAUAUGCAGGCUAACAAGAAAGUCACGUAUAAACUUAAGAACAUCAUAAUAAAUAAAGUUCUCCUAAAUAAAUUCAUAUAAAAAAGAAAUAUAGAGAAAGCGAAGGUACUAAUAGCGACAAUGCAGAUGAUGAUGAUGAAACAUAAAAUAAAAUAGAUUCUGAAAACAUAAAUAAAUACCUUGGACAUUAGCCAGCGUUAAAAAAGCAAAAUUCUAAUUAAAGUUAAAAGGGAAAUAUCGAAAAGCACAUAAAAUUUAGUUAAUCUAGCAAUAAACAACAAAUUUAUUUUCAAAAUGAACCACUUUUCUUGCAAAAGAAUGAAGAAUAGCAUAUGCUUCAAUUUAAUACAAAAAGCAAUGAAAAUUUGGUGAUUCCCUUGAAAACUAUUAGUGAUAUGGAGUAAUCUAAUGUUUAACCAAAUUAUGAAUUUAUUUUAACUGAAAAAAACUCUUAAUCUUUUUAGUAGUAAAUCGAAAUAAAUUUAGUUUUAAGAAAUGGUAUUUCUAUUUAGAAAAAGUAAGAAUAAUUAUAAAGUUAUAGCACUUAUUAUUACUUGAAUUAAGAUGAAAACAAUUGUGAUAAUUCGCUUGACGAAGAUAUUAAAGAAAAUCAUAAAAAUAAUUUUAUAAGUUAUAAUUAAUAUGAAUAGCCAAUACUUAGGUAGUCGCCUUGCUUUGUAAAAUUUAUUUAUGAAAAAUAAGAAUUUAUUGAAUUUCAUAAUGAUGAAGAUCAAAGCAAAUAAGCAGAAAAUUAGUUACCUUAAAUACCUAAUCUAAAGAAUUAAAUCAGUUAAAGCAAAAAAAAGUUUCUUCAGCGUUAGUCAACUAGAAGUUAUUCUUCUAAAUUUAGUCUACCAAAAUUUGAAAAACUUUCAAGCCUACCCAGUAGAAAAGCUCGUUUAUCAAAUUCAACUCUUCAUUUUGAGACAUCAAUACAAGAUAUGGUUAAAAGGUAGUAAGAGUGUUAGGAAAUUCUAUGUGAGACAAGAUAAUGUGGUUUUGCUAUUAAAAAAAGUAGAAGUGGAUUUAGGAUUGAAAAAAUUCCACCAUCUACAAAAAAGGUGAUAUUGUGGGCUCUAUCAGUGAAAGAAUAAUUGUAUUAUUUUUGUUCUGCCCUUCAUUGUACGCAUGAUAAAAAUGUAUUACAUAAAAAAAUUACCCAUAAAUGCAUAAAAUAGACAAUAAAGUGCCUUCUAAGUAUAAAUUCUCCAUUAGAAGAUGAUAAUCAAUACGAAGAAGAUAUGACUUAAGGGAUAGGAGCAAGUAUUAAUAGGACAGAUAGUAGCCAGAAAGUGUAUACAUCUCUUAAUGGUAAUCCUUUUCUUCAAGGUAGUGGAUCAUGUAAAAAUAGCGAAUAUAUUUAUGAUAGUUUAAAGCAAAUUCAAUGUAUAUUAAUUGAUACCAAAGUUGCAUUCUUAAUCGUUUAUAUACUUUAUUCAAUGGUUUACUCUCAUAAUGUAUUUAGUUUGUUUGAAGAUGAUGAAAUGAAAUCUACAUCACUCAAGUAGCUCCUUAGAUUAUGUUAUGUUGUACUAAAGAAUAUUGUGAAAAAUAAUCAAAAAGCGAAGUUAAUCAUAUGCUAGAACUUAGAAGUUUUUAUUUAUCAUGCUUUUCAAAUGCAGGAUGAAAGCUAAAUAUAGCUCUUCCUAAGUGAAUUGUUUUAUGACAAUUACAGGACUAUUUCAGAUUUAAUAUCGCCAAGCUCUAUUUAAAAUAUUAUUCAAUAAAUUUAUAAAUAAAAGCUACCUCAUCCAUUCCAUUGCAAAAUUUUGUCUGCAGUUACACAAUGCAACAAUAUGGCUAUAUCAAGUAACUAAAAUUGUAUUAUUGAUUAUUUCUUUAAAGCUAAAAGAUUUCAUCCUGCUUUUCAUUUUGAGUUUAUUACAGAAGAAAGUGAUAAUAUUUUAUAGUAAUUGAAUAAAACUGAAGAAUCUUAAUUAGAUUCAAGCUAAAGUGCUGAUUUAAAUAAAAAAUAAAUAUUUAUCUAAUGCAUUGCUGAUAAGGAAUCUAAUUUAUCAAAAGUAAUGAAAAUAUCUGAACUUUAAAGAAUAUCUUAUGAAAAUAAUGAUAACUAAAGAAUGUUUAAAUAUUUUAUAAGCUAUAUAGAUCUUUUAGCAAAUAUUUGUUAUAGCCGCAAUAAAAAUGGAAAAGAGUUAAUAGAAUCCAUAAUAUCAAUUGAUUAAAUUCUGUCAUUGAUAACAUUAAAUAGAUCUAUAAUUUAAGGUUCACUAAAAACUCCUUUUAUUAAAUUGUUAUAAAAUGCUUAUAUCGAUGUACCAAGCUCUUUUGUGGUACCAAAGAUAUUAAAAGUCAGACAGUGGAAUUUAGUUAAAUUUUAAUGUGGAAUUAAUUAAUCGUCAAAUAAUAGGCACAUAUAAGAGAGUUCUAAAGUCCUCGAUUAUGUUUUUGAAUUUUUUAACGUUUGUGAUGAGCUUUCUAAUGUAGACGAUUCAAUUAAUCUAGAAAUUUUAACUAUGCUAGAAAUAUUUAAAAAAAUGAUUGAUUUAGGCAUAUAGUCUGAUAAUACAUAAAUAAAUAAUUUUAUACCUACUUUGAUUAAUAUUCUUAAAAGUAAAGCUGUAUAAAAAUCUAAUGGCAUUUUAAGAAGCUAGAGAUCUCUUGAUUAUAAAAAGCGUGGAAAUGGAUCAAGUAUAAUAUCAUCAGUUAAUUUUUCUAUUGUUUAAAAAUGUAAGCAGCUUAUAACAGAUAUCCUUCAAGAGUAUUUAGAUAUCCAAAUAAAUAUUCAGAUAGGAUAGAUUCUGAAAUAAUUCAAAGAAUACAAUGAGGAUCAUACAGAAGAAUCUAACUUUAUGAAUUAGAUAUCAUAAGGAUAAUUUGAAAAAAUUAAUGAUCAAAUUUCAAAGAAGUGGAAAGAUUUCUUUGACUACAAUAAUUUGCAAAUCAAAGACACUCCUAAUUCAAACUAAGAAUUUCUUCAUUAUUUGGAUGAUAUUGAUAUCACUCUGAUGAAAGAGCUAUUACAAAAAAAUAAUACCAGCAUAUUUGAUUCUAUACUUUUGCUUUUGAAAAGAGUUUUUUAAUAAAAAAGAGAACUCUACCAAAAUUUAUAAAAAAUUAUCUUAGUUAAAGGAGGCUUAGCAGAAUAAAUUUCUAAAAAUAUUCCAAAAUAUAGAUAGCAAUUUGAGAUACUAAAAGAUUCCUAUUUUUUAACGGAAUUGAAUAAGCCUCUUGAAGUUUAAGAUGGUCCUUCAGCAAAAGCUGAAAUUGGAUUAGAAUCAUUUGUUAAGCUAAGGUCGUAUAGUAGACAUUUCUCUGACAAAAAAGAACUUCAUACAUCAGAUUCUGUGUAAACAGAUAGAUAAACACCUGAAGUAAGGCCUAUUAUCAAAAGUAGCUUCAGUAAUCUUAAAAUUACUUUAGUGAGUAAUUCAGAUGCAGAUUAUUCAACAAGUUAAAAUAAGAAUACAAAUAAUAAUAUAGAUAUUGAUUGGAAAAACUUUGGAUUGACUGACACUAAUUAGCAUAUAGCUUUAGACUUGCCACCCAUGGUUUAGUAAAAUAGUGAUUAUUUAUCAAUACCCAUACGUAAUAACAAUAGGAGAUUUAGUAAUUUAAGCGAGGAUAAAAGUAAUCAAAGUAGUUAUAGUAUAGAUAAAGAUGUCAAUAAAAUGAUUAAUAAGUAAAUUAUGUUGCACGAUGAUGAAAAAUGCCUUACACCUUAAAGCAUUAAAUUGAACUAAGAUGAUAAUUAAAAUAAUCAAUUCUUUGUUAAGGAUAAAACAGCUUCAGGAAACAAAGAUUUGGAAGAAGUGGAUUUCAAAAGAGCCUCGUCUAACUCAUCUGCUAACAAUUCUAAAAAAAUGAAUAUAAGUAUAAGUCCACUUAUGUUCCCAUAGUUAAAUAAAAUUAAAAGCUUAGAAGGAAUAUAAGAUUAAUUAAAACUAGAUUUUAAACAAACAUCAAUGAAAGAAGAAAGAUAAAACUAUGAUGAAUCUGGUGAUAAAAAGUAAAAAGAUGAUGUUGAAGAUUCUUUAUCUAAUCAAAGUAUGACUUUUAACUUCAAUAAAGGUGAUGAUACUGUUACUUCUAAACUAGGUGGAGCAGAACUAUUUGAAAAUAGAGAAUUAAAAAAAGAAAUAUCUAAUAUCUAAAAAGGUAAUGACUAGCAAAGCUUAGAUUUUUUUAGUAUCCAAGAAAUUUAAUCUUUACAUUUUGGCAUUAAAGAAGUUAACACAAAUUUUUGCAAUAGUAAUCAUAGUAUUGGUAAUGAAAUAAUUAACUAAAGUUUAAAUACAAAUGAAAAUAUAUUGGCAGAAAAUUAAUAAUUAAAUAAUUCUAAAGAAUAAAACAAUUAAAUGAAAUAUUUAUUUAAGAUUCAGCUGGAAAACCAAAAAGAUCAUUCAGAUUUAUCACCAAUAAAUAAAAAUAACGAAGAUUAUGAGGAUUCGCCGAUGUCAAUUUAUAAUGAAAAUUAAUAGGCAGCAAAAAGGUAAUAGUAAUACUAAAAUAAUAAAAGGAAAAGUGGCUUUUACACUAAUGAAAGCACAUAGAAAGAAUUUAAAAAAAAUCCUCUUACAACUUUACCUCCCUCUAUUAUUUUAGAACAAUCAGACUAAUCUGAAAUUACUAAUAUGGUUCAUAGCAGAUAAAAUUCGAUUUAAUCUCCAUUAAAAUAGCAUGAACCUAUUUCUAAGCUAAUAAAUGAUAAACUUAAGCUUAAUAUAUCUGAAGUUAACACUUCUGAAGUAGAAUCAGAUAGCUAAAAAUAAAUAUUUAACUAAUAAAUAAAGCUUAGAUCUAAGGCUAAUUAUGAAUUCAUAAUUACAGAUUUAGUGUAAUUAACUCAUUUUAUGAAGAACUAUCCAAAACAAAUAAAAGAUUAACGCUUAGAAGAAUCGUCUUAAUUAGUUACAGAUGACAUUUUCAGUAAUUAAAAAUACGAAAGAGAGUUAAAAAAUUUUAUAAAUGAGAGGGAAUUAAAUAAUUUAUUAAUAUAGAAUCUCGUGAGAUCACAUGAUUUACACCCAACUCUAUUUUAGUUUUUAAGUUAAUUAGACAAGAAUUUUAUUUCUUUAAAAUCAUAAAUAUUAAUACAAUAAAUUUAUGAGUUUUUAACUGUGAUGAUAUGGAAUAAUCAUGAAGCUAAAAUGGAGUUACUUAAAGCUAAAAAUAUUGCAUUUUCAUAAAUAGAACUUAAUUUGGGAGCUUUAGAGUUUUUAAAGGAAUUAUACACAAAUGUCAAGCCAUUGUUAUUAAAUUAGUCAGAAAUAAUUAGAGUAACUUAGUCAGUUUUAAAAAUUGUGAAUAAAAAUACCAAUAAUAUCAAUUUCUAAAGCAAAUUAAUAUCAUUUUUAAGAACUUUGAUCAUUCUUAAUGAUAAUCCUAUAAAAAUUAACUAAGGAAUUAUUUAUUAAGAAAUUCAAAAUAAAUCAUAUAAAAAUUUGUAAAUUUUUGAUUUGGAAUUUUAAGAAGAAAUACUCAAUAAUUUACCUAAAUACAUUUCAGAAUAUGAAAAGUCGUUUGAUUAGUGUGCAACAACUUAAAAAAUUAACAUCCCAACAUAAAUUGCCUACAUGAUGUCUAUAUUCUCUUUAUUUAGCAUGCUUGUUGAAGGAUAAAACGAAGUAAAUCUUAGAAAAAGUAUCAAGCUGCAUCCACUCAAAUUUUUAAUUUCGAUUAUGGAAAAAUGUAGUAUUUGUACUCCUCUCAAAAAAGAAAUUAGAACAUAUAUAAAUAGAGUUUACUACAAUUAAUAAUACAUAUAAAAUAAAAAUAAUCUACUCAACAAGCGUUAGCCUAUAUCUAAGGGGUUGGUUCAAUCUUUUUCUUUAUAAUUUGAAGAAAAUGAUGAAAAUAAUUAAUCUAAAAAUAAUUAAGAAUUAAACAUAAGUUUAUAGCAAAAUCAAUCAAAAGGAAAAGAUGGAGAAAUUUUUAAUGACUUAAAAGUUAAUAAUCAAAGAAGCAGUAUAAAAGAUGAAAGUACUGUAAAUUCUAUUUUGAUAGAAAGUAAUUCUGAAAGCAUCACUCUAAAUAAAAAUAUGUUAUCCUCUCAUUUAUCAAUAAUACCUGAAGUACAAGAGCAUGAGAGAAGAGGGAGCUCUCUUGGUAGUUUAAUUUUUACUCCUGUUAGUAAUUAAAAUAUAUAGUCAGGCUUGUAAAAUGAAAUGCAAUCACCAAAAUUUCCUAUUCAUUAAAGCAUUUUUAAAUCAGUUUCAUAGCUAUAAGUUCUAAAUGAACAAAAUGAAGAAGAAUAAAACUAAAAAGAUAAAUCUGAUUCAUAAGUUGAGAGUGUUGAAUCAGAUAGUGCUAGUAAGACAAAUUCAUAGCAGCCUAACUCAUCAGAAAACUUAAAAUCUCUUAACGAUUUAAACAUAAUGCCAGAUUAAAUUGAAGAUGAUUUCAAUCAAAAUAAAAUACUUGAAACAGUAAAAGAAAAUUUUGAUGGAGAACAAGAGUUAUCAUAGAUAAAUUUAGAGAAAAGAUAAAAAUAGAUAUGUAGUAAUAAAUAGAACUUCAAAAGAUAAAUGCAAUCUAGCUUUUUUAAUGAAUAUAAUGUGAAAGAACAGUAGUCAUUUUUACCAAAUAAGAAGAGUAUUUUUGAAAAGAAUGGAAUGCUUUUAGAAGUAAUCAAAGAUCUUGGCUGCAUCUCAAACGAUUUAAGUGAAUAUGUCUACCUUUUACAAAACAAUUCAUAAUUUGAAAAUGUAGAAAUCAAUAACUAUAUUAGACUUAAAUAUUAUAAAUCUUAUGCUGUUCUUCAUUUUAAAGAAAUAGUAUAUUCAUUGUUUUUUUUAUUUGGAAAUAAAAACUUCACAGAAUUGUUAAAGAAUCAACUUUAGUUUGUCUUAAAGCAAAAAGAUAAAUAAGAAAAUCCUCAUAGAAUAUUAAUAAGCAUAGUCAACUCUUUAAUGCAGAUUCUCAAGUUGAGCAACUAUUUAAGCUAGCCUAUUAAAUAGAUUAUUAGAAAGCUUUAUGAAAUCAUCAAAACUUUUGACUUUAAAUCAUUAAAUCUAUAGAAUUUGAAAUUCACAGAAAGUACAAUUUACUAAUCUCCACUCAGAGCAGCAGAAAUAAAUGAUAGUAUGUUAAUCAGCAGUAUUAAUAAUACUAUGCUCAAUUAGAGUAUUUGCCAUACCCAAGAAAUAAAGGGAGCAUAAUAUGAAGCUUUAAAGUGGGUGAUGCAAACGAAUUAACAAAAUGAAAAUUAGGAUAAAUAAUUGCUGAGUAAUAUAAAAUCAUUUAUUAGGCUAUAUGAUUAGAGUGGUAACGACCUUAAAUAGUCCAUUAACAUAACAAAGAAAAGCAAAUUAUCAAAAAAUUAAUUAUCUGAAGAUAUGAAUGAAGUACUAAAUAACUAGUUAAAAUUCGAGCUUUAUGUGUUAGAUAACUCUAAGUCAUUCUAAGAUUACUUGAAGAAUGAAAGCGAUAAACUUUUUUAAACUCAUUGGGACGAAGACGACAUAAAUGAUGAUUAAAUGUUAAUUAAAAAUAUCAGUCAUGAUGCAAUCUCCAAAAAAAAAUUCAUUUAAAGUAUAUUAGAUACAGCUAUAUCAAAUCAGCACCUUCCUGAUGAUUUACACAUAUUCUAUCUUAAUAUUUUAAUUAGGAUGAUUUAAGACUAAAAUCCUUAAACAGACGGUAUGAUUAAAGAGAUAGAUACUUGGGAUACUCCAUAUUGGAAAGGCAAUAAAGAAAAAAUAGAAAGUAUGUAGACACUAGUUUAUAACUAAGGAGGAGCAAAGUUAAUAUGCAAUUUAUUGAAGUAGCCUAACUUAGAGUAAAGACUAGGUUUGGUUUCUCAUAUCUUGCAAUUCGGUAUAAGUCUUCUGAUUGGAGGACACAGAAAGAUUUAAAAUAGAAUCUUAACUAACAUGAAAGAAGAUCUUGAUAAUAUGAUCUUAAUUAAUAUCAACACUCUAAUAUAAAAGAUAGGUAAAAUCAUAUACAGAUUUUCUAAGGAACAACUACGUGAAAAAUCUAUCCCUUAAAUUAAUUUAUCUGAUACUCAUGAUUAUUAUGAUAGUGUUUCUUAAAUUAUGGUAAGAAAAAAUACAAAAAAUCCUGAUGAUUACAAGGAAGACUAAUUUAAGGCUCUUUGCAUUCAAGUAAUGAAAAGAAUAUUUAGAUUCCUUUAACUAUGCUGUGAGAGUUCUAAUAUUGACAUGAAAGAUUAUAUGAGAUAACAGACAUUCAUAGACAAUAGACCGAAAUCCAAUUCUCUUAAUUUUAUAAUAAUUGCAACUGAAAUUAAUAGAGAAUUUCUUAAAAUAAUUAAUAAGAAUGUUGUUGAGAUACCUAUCAUUAUUUCUGAGUUUUUAAUUGAAGUUGCUCAAGUACCAUGCUUAUAAAAUCAAAUAUCUCUUUGCUAAACUUCUUAUUUUGAAGACAUAUCUUUAUUAUCCCAAUUUAUUGAAUAAGUGGAAGAAAAAACAAAGACUUUAAUUUCAUUUAACUCUUAAUAACCUGAAGAAGAGAUCAAUUUAUUAGAUUUGUAUAGCAAGGCUAUUUAAACUGCUUUAGUUGUAUUUGAAGGAAACGACCCUUAAAUUUAUGAAGAAGUGAUGAGUAAAAUAUCCGUAGAAUUCAUGUAAAUCAUAGUUAAUAAAAGACUUAAGCUAAUGAAAGUGGAGAACGUACAACAAUUGAAAGCUUAUAUUUAAACUCAUGAGAUUAGAGGAUACUAUGAUAAGCAUGUGGUAGAAAUAUUUAAUGUUUUGAUAAUAAUUAAAAGGUGCUAGGAGUAUGAUGCAAAUGUAAAAGACAGAUUUUAUACAAACAUUCUAAAAGAAUAAGAAAUACUUGAGUGCCUUAACUCCAAAAUUGCUACUAUAGAAAUAUACCAUUAGAAAAAAUUUAAACAAAUCUAUUUACCAUUAGUUCCUUUGUAUAACUUUUUAUCUGAUAUAACUAAAGAAAAAAUUAUGAAGAAUGUAAACCGUUAAAGCUAAAGAGAUAAAAUUAUUGAUUUGUUAUCUCAUUAAAGCGUUGUAUUUGAUGAAAUGAAUCAUAACUAUUAGCUAAGCAAGAAUAAAGUUCCUGCUACAGGAGACAAUGUAUAGCUGAUUUAAACUAUCAUUACUUAUUUCAGUCUCUUCCUUAAUAUGUACUUGGCUAUGUCAGCUAUGAUUUAAAUUGAUCCAGAACUUGGAAUGAAUUUAAAAUUUCAUCAUUAUGAAACUAAACAUAACAUCUUCUCUCUUGUCUUCCUAUUUUUCAUACUAGUUACAACUUUCAUCUUUUUUACUGCAAUAAAUUAAGUUCCACCUAAAAUAAAUUUUUAAGAAAAUUUUUGGAAUCGAUUUUUAUUACUGUGUAAAAAUGAUUAAGCACCAUAUCUGUUUGUGCUUAUGUUGAGUUCUAUUUUAUCUUUGAUAAUUCACCCAAAAUAUAUAGUUCUGAGCUUACCUUACUCAUUUAGCAAAUUAAAGCUAGUUUAAGGUGUUGUGGAGAAUUUAUACCAAGCUCUUUUUAUUCAAAGGAAAUAGUUGGUGCUUGUUAGCUUUUUAGGUGUUCUUUUCUUAUAUAUUUUUAGCGUACUAUCUUUCAAUAACUAUUACUAAGAACUUUAUAGCAGUGAUGAAAUUGUAAAUGAUGAAAAAACAUGCAAUUCUAUGCUUUCUUGUAUGAUUACUCUCACUCUUUCAGGAGUGGUUGGAAAUAGCAACACUCACUGGGAGUUUUCAACAUUUAUUACUGACACAGUUUAUUUUGUAUUCAUGUCAAUUUUGUUUACUAACAUCAUUAGUGGUAUAAUGACAGACACAUUUGCUGAAAUGAGAGAUAAAAGAAAUUUUAUAGAAUCAGAUAAAAAAAAUAGAUGCUAUAUUUGCGGAAUUGAAAGAGCAACACUUGAAAAGAAAGAUCUAAUUUUUGAAGAACACAUUAAGAAACAUAAUUUAUGGGAAUAUUUGUUCUAUAUUUAAAGUAUAAUUUUAAAAGAAGAAACUGAAUACACUGGAAUAGAAUCAAUAAUAAAAGAUAAGCUGAAGAAAGACGACAUUACUUGGAUACCAAAUAAUACUAGUUUAAAUACUUGA